AUGACGACCAAAGUGGAUUUGGCCCCGAAUGCGACCACCGAAAUCGAAUGGUCAUGGAGGCAGAUCGAUUGGUCCUACUCUAAAAUACUUCAGCUAUGUUCUUCUGUUCUUGGGAUAGUGGGUAACAUGUUGGUUAUAUUAGCCCUCCGGAAGCGACGCGCUGCUGGCCGUUCGACCGAUACCUUGAUGAGCGCUUUGGCCUAUGCGGACUUCUUGACGUCUAUCUUUAACAUCCCUGUGCCAUCCGCGGCAACAGUUCCGGACUCACCUCUGGGGCAGUUUUACUACAAGAUGACCCUACCAGGGUUUUUUCUCUUCGUUGCCUUCACAGCAUCAAGCUACAUCCUCAUGGCGAUAUCCAUAGAACGGUUCUUAGCUGUUGUCUACCCACUGCAGUUCAACCAACUCAUGGCCCGGAAGCAGAUGCUGUUCAUUUUGAUAUCCAUCAUCUGGAUCAUCUCCUUUCUGGUCUAUGGCAUCUUCAUCGCGACGGCGGUGAUCGCAAAUGCGGAGACCCACACAUGUACGCUGUACUUCCCCACCAAGGCCGCUAAGGUCACGCUCGGAUACUUCAUGUUCAUCUACCGCUUCGUCCUACCUGUCCUUGUGAUGCUGAUAACCCAGGUGUUCAUUGCCUGCAAGCUUCAUCGCCACUCUGUUCACUUCAAGGACCAGGGAGCCGUGUCCUUCCACAUCAAGGCUUGUAACCGCGUCCUCAAGCUCAUGGUCAUCGUCAUCAUCGUCUUUAUCAUCACCUGGGGCCCAGGCCAGUUCAGUUUCUUUCUCUUCACCAUCGGCGUCGUACCACCCACCUACAUCGGAGGUCCCUUGCACAAGCUCAUCAUCGUUUUCACCACCUAUAAUUCGUGCGUGAAUCCCGUUAUCUACAUCGUGUGGUUCCCAGAAUUUCGUAUGGCCCUGCGACAGCUCUUCUCGUGUAAGCCUUCGGCAGCAGCACACUCUGAGGAUGCAAAACUUGAAUCCAAAACUGAAUCGGUCCCUGUCUCCAGACACACCUCCAACAUGUCAAAUAAUAUUUAA